ACAAUAUUUCUCAUUUUAAAUUAAUUCUUAACGAUAUGUAUAUCGUUAUAGAUUCCAGGUGUGAGCACCUGUAAUAUGUCUAUCUAUCUAUCUAUCUAUCUAUCUAUCUAUCUAUCUAUCUAUCUAUGGGUGUGUGUGUACACACACACACACACACGAUCAGGCUUAUAAAACAUACGGGAACUUCUUGACAUUCUUCCAACAUCUGACAUGCUCUAAUCUGCUUGCAGUAAUCUAUGCAGUAGGACGGAACACUACAGGACUACUUGUGUACUUACAGCGUUUCAACAAGGCGACUGCAAAAACUUUUCAGAGUUUCACCAAUGGCAAGCGCACCUCCACUGGAGAUAUCAGGUGCGGCGGGAUACGCUGCACCACCUUCAUAUGAAGAAUCAAUGACAGGACCUCAAUACCCACAGUGUGGUCCUGUGCCGCCGCCUCCUGUCUAUACUAAAGCACCACAGGCUCCAUAUCUAACUCAAGAUUACACGCAGAUGUAUCCAGCCCCGGCGUCGUGUACACCCGUGACCAACCCAGUGGUAUCAGUGCAGACUGUAUACGUGCAGCCUGGCGUGGUGUUUGGGGAUGUUCCAGUGCAGGCAUUUUGCCCCAUUUGUGUGCAGUCUGUGCUAACUCGCUUGGAUUACAGUUCAGGCACAAUGGCCUGGCUUAUAUGUGCAGGACUGUGCAUUUUUGGCUGUAUCUAUGGGUGUUGCCUGAUACCCUUCUGUGUUGACAGCCUGAAGGACGUGAGACACCACUGUCCCAAUUGCAGCAGCCUUAUUGGAGUCUACAAGCGACUGUGAUGUUGCCAUGUGGGUCACAACAGAAGCAAAAAGCCACUGUAUUCUCAACAUUCCUUGUAUUAUGCCAAACAAAAUAUAAAAACAAGUCAGAAAACAUAUUUAUUAGAUGCACCAUAUUUGUAUAUUUUCUGCUUUCUUUUGUCAUGAGACCAAAUGACAAAACUAGUUUCAAACAAUAAAAUAAAAGCUGACUUUCAUAGACCUAAGGGCUUCUCAGCAGGUUUCCCUAUCGCAGUACCUUAGCACCCAUCUAGAUUCUGUUAAUAGCAAACCCCACAAUUAAACUGAAAAUUGUCUGAAACUUGUGUCAAGCCUAAUCCUAAACCAAAUCUUUUCUGAGCUUCUCUGAGUAGAGACAGCAAUACAGUGUGCUUGUGCAACAUCUAGACACCAACACCUUUGAGGGAUGCAUGCCAUCAAACCUUUAAAGUGCCUUAUCACCUUCAGUUUCUCUUCCACUGUAAAAGUGACUAAUUAUUAGUCUUGCAGCAUUUUGUAAAAACUUUUUUUUUUGUCUCAUAUGUAUCUAUUAGAAGUAUGUUUGUUUAGUCAUGUAUGUUUACUCAAUAACAAAACUAUGUUCACAAUUUUUGUAGUUUAAAUCUCUAAAAUCUUUUUCAACCAAACGAUGCAAGAUUAAUAAAGUAUUACAAAUCAA